UGCCGCUGCUCCCUCCGCUGCUGCUGCUGCCGCUGCUGCUGUCCACCGGCUGCCGGGCGCUGGAAGAAACCCUCAUGGACACAAAAUGGGUGACAUCGGAGUUGGCAUGGACAUCUCAUCCAGAAAGUGGGUGGGAAGAGGUGAGUGGCUACGAUGAGGCCAUGAACCCCAUCCGCACGUACCAGGUGUGUAACGUGCGGGAGUCAAGCCAGAACAACUGGCUUCGCACGGGCUUCAUCUGGCGGCGAGAGGUGCAGCGCGUCUACGUGGAGCUCAAGUUUACCGUGCGUGACUGCAACAGCAUCCCCAACAUCCCUGGCUCCUGCAAAGAGACCUUCAACCUCUUCUACUACGAGGCUGACAGUGAUGUGGCCUCGGCCUCCUCCCCCUUCUGGAUGGAGAACCCCUACGUGAAGGUGGACACCAUCGCGCCCGAUGAGAGCUUCUCGCGGCUUGAUGCUGGCCGCGUCAACACCAAGGUGCGAAGCUUUGGGCCGCUCUCCAAGGCCGGUUUCUACUUGGCCUUCCAGGACCAGGGUGCCUGCAUGUCGCUCAUCUCUGUGCGGGCCUUCUACAAGAAGUGUGCGUCCACCACCGCAGGCUUCGCCCUUUUCCCCGAGACCCUCACUGGGGCCGAGCCCACCUCUCUCGUCAUUGCCCCUGGCACCUGCAUCGCUAAUGCUGUGGAGGUGUCCGUACCACUCAAGCUCUACUGCAACGGCGAUGGGGAGUGGAUGGUGCCCGUGGGAGCCUGCACCUGUGCAACCGGCCACGAGCCAGCUGCCAAGGAGUCCCAGUGCCGCCCCUGUCCCCCUGGGAGUUACAAGGCGAAGCAGGGAGAGGGGCCCUGCCUCCCCUGCCCGCCCCACAGCCGCACCGCCUCGCCAGCUGCCAGCAUCUGCACCUGCUACAGUAACUUCUACCGUGCGGACUCGGACUCCGCAGACAGUGCCUGUACCACGGUGCCAUCUCCCCCCCGGGGUGUGAUCUCCAAUGUGAAUGAGACCUCACUGAUCCUCGAGUGGAGCGAGCCCCGGGACCUGGGUGGCCGGGACGACCUCCUAUACAACGUCAUCUGCAAGAAGUGCCACGGGGGCCCUGGGGCCGGGGGCGCCUCAGCCUGCUCUCGCUGUGAUGACAAUGUGGAGUUUGUGCCUCGGCAGCUGGGCCUGACAGAGCGCCGGGUCCACAUCAGCCAUCUGCUGGCCCACACGCGCUACACCUUUGAGGUGCAGGCCGUCAACGGUGUCUCGGGCAAGAGCCCGCUGCCCCCCCGCUACGCGGCUGUGAAUAUCACCACCAACCAGGCUGCCCCGUCCGAAGUGCCUACACUACAUCUGCACAGCAGCUCCGGCAGCAGCCUGACCCUGUCCUGGGCACCCCCAGAGCGGCCCAAUGGAGUCAUCCUGGACUACGAGAUGAAGUACUUUGAGAAGAGUGAGGGCAUCGCCUCCACGGUGACCAGCCAGAAGAACUCGGUGCAGCUGGGCGGGUUGCGGCCUGACGCCCGCUACGUGGUCCAGGUCCGUGCCCGCACCGUAGCCGGCUACGGGCAGUACAGCCGUCCGGCUGAGUUUGAGACCACAAGCGAGAGAGGCUCCGGUGCCCAGCAGCUCCAGGAGCAGCUUCCCCUCAUCGUGGGUUCUGCCACGGCUGGGCUUGUCUUUGUGGUGGCUGUCGUGGUCAUCGCUGUCGUCUGCCUCAGGAAGCAGCGGCGCGGCUCUGACUCCGAGUAUACCGAGAAGCUGCAGCAGUACGUUGCUCCCGGAAUGAAGGUUUAUAUUGACCCUUUUACGUAUGAGGACCCUAAUGAGGCUGUGCGAGAGUUUGCCAAGGAAAUCGAUGUCUCCUGUGUCAAGAUUGAGGAGGUGAUUGGAGCUGGGGAAUUUGGGGAAGUGUGCCGGGGUCGGCUGAAACAGCCAGGCCGCAGGGAGGUGUUUGUGGCCAUCAAGACGCUGAAGGUGGGCUACACAGAGAGGCAGCGGCGGGACUUCCUCAGUGAGGCCUCCAUCAUGGGUCAGUUUGACCAUCCCAACAUAAUCCGACUAGAGGGCGUGGUCACUAAAAGUCGGCCAGUCAUGAUUCUCACCGAGUUCAUGGAGAACUGUGCCCUGGACUCCUUCCUCCGGCUCAACGAUGGACAGUUCACGGUCAUCCAGCUGGUGGGCAUGUUGCGGGGCAUUGCUGCUGGCAUGAAAUACCUAUCCGAGAUGAACUACGUGCACCGAGACCUGGCUGCCCGCAACAUUCUUGUCAAUAGCAACCUGGUCUGCAAAGUCUCAGACUUCGGCCUCUCCCGCUUCCUGGAGGAUGAUCCCUCUGAUCCUACCUACACCAGCUCCCUGGGCGGGAAGAUCCCCAUCCGCUGGACUGCCCCAGAGGCCAUAGCCUAUCGGAAGUUCACCUCUGCUAGUGAUGUCUGGAGCUAUGGAAUCGUCAUGUGGGAGGUCAUGAGCUAUGGAGAGCGACCCUACUGGGACAUGAGCAACCAGGAUGUCAUCAAUGCCGUAGAGCAGGAUUACCGGCUGCCCCCACCCAUGGACUGCCCCACAGCAUUGCACCAGCUCAUGCUGGACUGCUGGGUGCGGGACCGGAACCUCAGGCCCAAAUUCUCCCAGAUUGUCAACACCCUGGAUAAGCUCAUCCGCAAUGCUGCCAGCCUCAAGGUCAUCGCCAGUGCCCAGUCUGGGUCAGUAUCUCUGCCUCUGUUCCCACUCUGCUUCUGA